CGUUCUUUUCCGCGCAUCGGCAUGGUGCGUAAACACAACAACCAGCUGCCGGAGAACCUGCCGCAGCUCCAGAACCUCAUAAAAAGAGACCCGGAUUCGUACCGCGAUGAGUUCCUGCAGCAGUACCAGCACUUUCGGAACACGGUCGAAGUGUUCCGGCUCGAUCCGAGUCGGCCCAACAAAACCCUCGACGCUUCGGUGAUGUUUAUCGCGCAGGUGGCGCAGUGCUACGCGAAAGAGGUGGCGGAGUUCCCGCAGCAACUGAUCGACCUGAUGCAGAGCCACAACACCGUGAUGGACGGCGGCGUGAGGAUGAGCUUGUGCCGCGCGCUCAUUCUGCUGCGCAACAAGAACCUGCUGGCGCCGACCGACCUGCUCGAGCUGUUUUUCCGGCUGUUAAAGUGCCCGAGCAAGUCGCUGCGCGAAUUCCUGCGCGACCACAUAGUGACCGACGUGAAAAAUUUAAACGCGAAACACAAAAACGCCAAGUUGAACGCCACGCUUCAGAAUUUCAUGUUCAGGAUGUUGAACGACGCGAACCCCAAGGCGGCCAAAAUGGCCGUCGACAUCAUGAUCGAGCUGUACAAGAAGAACGUGUGGAACGACGCGAAAACCGUCAACGUGAUCGCGACGGGCUGCUUUUCCCGCGUCACCAAGCUCAUGGUGGCGUCUAUCAAGUUCUUUCUCGGAAGCGACCCGGAAGACAAGGACGGGUCCGAUUCGGACGAUGACGACGACGUUGACCCCCGCGACGUCGCGAUGGCCAACAAGGUCAACAAGAAGACGCGCAAACGCGAGAAACAGCUUUCCAAGGCGAAAAAGUUGGCGGCGAAGGCCUACAAGAAGAAGGCGAAGGGCCCCGCGUUCAACUUUUCCGCCGUCCAUCUCGUCCACGAUCCCCAAGGCAUGGCGGAGAAGCUGUUCGCGCAGCUGGAGGCGAAGAACCACCGCUUCGAGGUGAAACUGAUGACGCUGGACGUGAUAUCUCGCCUCGUCGGCCUCCACGACCUCCUCCUGCUCAACUUUUACCCGUACCUGCAGCGGUUCGCGCGGCCCCACCAGCGCGACGUCGCCAAAAUACUGCAGUGCGCGGCGCAGGCGUGCCACGAGCUGGUGCCGCCGGACGCGGUCGCGCCGCUCCUGAAGACGAUCGCCGACAAUUUCGUCACGGAGCGCAACAGCUCGGACGUGAUGGCGAUCGGGCUGAACGCGGUGCGCGAGAUCUGCGCCCGGUGCCCCCUAGCGCUCGACGAAGAUCUGCUCCGGGACCUGGUGCAGUACAAGUCGUACCGGGACCGGUCGGUGAUGAUGGCGGCGCGCUCCCUCGUGCAGCUCUUCAGGAGCCUGCGACCCGAGCUGUUGCACAAGAAGGACCGCGGCAGACCGACGGAGGCGUCCGCCGAAAUUGAGCCCAUCGACUAUGGCAAGAUGGACGCGAAGGAUUACGUGCCCGGGUCGGAGGUCCUGCUCGCCGUCGAAGACGACGCCGUCGAGAUCGACUCCGGAUCGGAGGGCGACGACGACGACGAGUGGGUGGACGUGGGGGAUGACUCGACAGCGACGGCGUCCGACGAUCGGCCCGGGAAGAAAGACAUGGCGCGGGAGGUGACGUCGGCGCGCCUGUUGACCGACGACGACUUCAGGAGGAUCGACGCUGCCAACGUGGGUAAGCAGAUGAGGGGCGCGAAGCGCCGCGCCGACGGCGACCUGGUGAAGCUCGACGACAUCGAGCUGGUGCACAAGAAGCGGCGCCACGAUAAGGAGGCGCGGCUCGAGAGCGUGAGGCGGGGCCAGGAGGGCCGCGACAAGUUCGGGCACCGCGACGGUCGCGGUCGCGCCUCCGCGACGAACCGCGAGAAGAACAAGAGGAAGAAUGUGCAGAUGAUCAGGCACAAGGCGCUCGUCAAGACCAAGCGGAGCUUCAAGGACAAGCAGAUCGCACUCCGCAACCACCUGCUCAAGCUGAAGAAGAUGAAGUGAUCGGCCCGUGUCUCAUGUAUAUUUAUGUAUAAUAAACCAUUCG